CCGAGGGGGCCGUCAGACCGGGAGCGACACAGCUGCUGCUCUCUGCACGCCUUCGCUUGAGCGCCACGGACACAAUAUUUUCAUUCCCCUUUAUACUGCUGGCUUUUUAAGUGUUUCUUUUAUAUAUAUAUAUAUACAUACACACACCUUUAUUUAUUCAGGUUUUUAUUUUUGCUGACGCUUUAUAGUUAAAAGGUUUUUCACUUGCAAGAAGCAGAAGUAAAGAGUAGAGCAUCUCCUUAUUCCGAGGCGUCGGGAGGAAACCUCGCUUUCAAGCUCUUGCGGAGAAGGCGCGGCGAGCCCCGCCGCCAAGGACAAAAGAGCGGAGCGGCCGCCGACCCCCGGCAUCAUCGCCGCCACCAUGAGCAGCGCCGAGAUGGGCAAGUUCAACAUAUCCCCCGACGAGGACAGCAGCAGCUACAGCUCCAACAGCAACGACUUCAGCUACCCCUACCCCACCAAGCCUGCUGCUAUGAAGAGCCACUAUGCGGAUAUUGAUCCAGAAAAUCAAAAUUUCUUGCUUGACUCCAGUCUUGGGAAGAAAAAGUAUGAAACUCAAUAUCAUCCGGGUACGACUUCCUUUGGAAUGUCAGUAUUUAAUCUGAGCAAUGCUAUUGUGGGUAGUGGCAUCCUUGGUCUUUCUUUUGCCAUGGCUAACACUGGGAUUGCUCUUUUUAUAAUACUCCUGAUGUUUGUCUCAAUAUUUUCUUUGUAUUCUGUGCAUCUCCUUUUGAAGACUGCCAAUGAAGGAGGAUCUUUAUUGUAUGAACAGCUGGGAAUGAAGGCAUUUGGUAUGGCUGGAAAACUUGCUGCUUCUGGAUCAAUUACAAUGCAAAACAUUGGAGCUAUGUCAAGCUACCUCUUCAUAGUGAAAUAUGAGUUACCAUUGGUCAUCAAGACAUUUAUGAACAUCGAAGAGACUACAGGGCAGUGGUAUCUUAACGGUGACUAUUUAGUGCUGCUGGUGUCCGUCGUCCUCAUUCUUCCGCUGUCCUUACUGAAAAAUUUAGGAUAUUUGGGCUAUACCAGUGGCUUUUCGUUACUUUGUAUGGUCUUCUUCCUGAUUGUUGUAAUUUGGAAGAUGUUUCAGAUUCCUUGUCCUAUGGACAGUAACAUCAUGAACAUGACAUUAAUAAAUGCAACGCUGGCACCUUUGGUAGAUGAAAACAUAACGAGUGAUGAUAUGUGCAAGCCAAAGUAUUUCAUCUUCAAUUCACAGACUGUCUAUGCUGUCCCAAUCCUAACGUUUUCUUUCGUCUGCCAUCCUGCAAUUCUCCCUAUCUAUGAAGAACUGAAAAGCCGAAGCCGUAAAAGAAUGAUGAACGUGUCCUAUGUAUCAUUUUUUGCCAUGUUCCUCAUGUAUUUGUUGGCUGCUCUCUUUGGAUACCUGACAUUUUACGGAAAAGUUGAACCAGAACUGCUCCAUACCUACUCUGCUUAUCUGGGUGCUGAUGUUCUUCUUCUAAUUGUGCGUCUCGCUGUACUUAUGGCUGUAACCCUUACUGUACCUGUAGUUAUUUUCCCAAUCCGCAGUUCCAUCACCCAGCUGCUGUGGGCAGGGAAGGAGUUCAGAUGGUGGCGUCACUGUUCCAUUACAGUUGCUCUUCUGGCAUUUACCAAUGUGCUUGUUAUCUUUGUCCCUACCAUUCGAGACAUCUUCGGAUUCAUUGGUAAGCAUUAUCACCCCAGUUCAAGUAGUCUUUCAGAUCUCAGAACAUGCAGAAAAUUUAAUCUAAUUAAUCUGUUUAUGAAUAUUUAUUUCUGUGCUUCUUCCAAUACAGGUGCAUCUGCAGCUGCCAUGCUGAUCUUUAUACUUCCUUCUGCCUUCUAUAUCAAAUUAGUGAAGAAGGAACCAAUGAAGUCAGUGCAAAAGAUUGGGGCUGCGUUCUUCUUCUUAAGUGGUAUACUUGUGAUGACUGGCUGUAUGACACUGAUUAUUCUAGACUGGACCCAGAAUGUUUCAUCUGAUGGCCAUUAACUGUCCUGGUUUAAUCUCUAAUACUCCACUUCAAAUGCCAGUGUUCACUCAGAUACCUACUGAGAAUGAAAAUGAGCUAUUCAGCUUCCUUUAAAAUGCAGAUUCUUUGUUGAUGGUUCUUCUGAUUGUAGAAUACUUGAACUCUGUCUUUAAGAAACUAUUCUGCAUGAUGGAAGUGGAUACUAACAUCAAACCACGUGAGUGUCUGGCUGAAGGAAGUGACAACUUUAUUCCAUUCCAGAGAAUGGACAGAACUCUCUGUAGACUUUUAUCAAGCCAUGUUUGGCUUUCGUCAUUGUUACUUGGAUAUUUUGUUGUUUUACUUGAAUGUGCCUAAUGGAACCAUUUGAUGUGAGACAAAACUUUAAUUUACAGCAAAGUGUUUAAAUAACCAAUGAGAGAGAGAGAGAGAGAGAAAUGCUAUUAUUUUUUGUACCAAAAAUUCUUAUGGACCUCAAAAGCACUAUUUUGACUUUAAGAAAACUUUUUCUAAAAAGUAUGAAAGAAUGAAGCAGAAGAGCUCAUAAAAAGUAUUUAAUCAGUGUCCUAAAUUAACUCUAAUUUGCCUUUCUUUAGAGGCAUAAUUAGAAGAAAUUUUAUUUUUUAAAAAAUGCCUCUGAUGACUGAAACACAAAAUGAACUAAUUCAAGUCAAAAUUCUCUUAAUUAUAAACGCUUCCCAUGAAAUUCACUUAGUUCAAAGUACAGUGAAAAUAACCCUGAAAAUCAUUUGUCUGCUUAUUUAAGUAACCACAGUUCCCAUAGUUCCCCCAAAUGGUGUGGAAACCCAAAUUUUCAAGCUUUAAAGAGAACACCCUUUGGAAUGGGUGUGUUUGACAAAACCAGUUAAUCGAGACAUCAUAAAGGUGGUGUUAACAUUUCCUUCUUGAGGUACUCAAUAGUGCAAUUGAGUAAACAGGGUUUGGGGGCUUUUGCUUUUGUGGGGUUUACUUUUGUUGGUUU